CUUUGCUGAUCCUUUUCUUCCAGCUUCCACUCUUGGUGGGAAGCCUUCCUCCGGCCGGCCUCUUCUUCUCGGACGUGGACACAGCUUCAUCUGGAUGACCACCAUGAUGAUGGAGUCCAGCAGGGAAAAGUCAUCGGUGAAGAGCAUCAGGACGAUGAACGAUUCCAGUGAAGAUGCGUUCAGGAGCGUCAAGAGAAAGGCGGGCCUGCAGAUGUGGACCAUAAACAAGCUCCAGAUGGUUCCGGUUCCCCCCCAGAGCUUUGGUAACUUCUUUGAGGGGGACUGCUACAUCGUCCUGCAUAUGAGUGACAACAAAGGAGGAAGUCAGGCGGACAUCCACUACUGGAUCGGGAAGGCUUCGUCCCAGGACGAGCAGGGCGCCGCCGCCGUCUACGUCAGCCAGCUGGACGAGUACCUGGGGGGGGCGCCCGUCCAGCACAGGGAGGUGCAGGGUUACGAGUCGCCUCGCUUCAGAGGGUACUUCAAAAAUGGCCUCAUCUACAAGAAGGGGGGCGUGGCCUCAGGUUUCAACCACGUGGACACCAACGCCUACAACGUGCUGCGUUUGCUGCACGUCAAAGGGCGGAAGCACGUGACGGCCAUGGAGGUGGAGGUGUCGUGGAGCAGCUUCAACACGGGCGACAUCUUCCUGCUGGACAUGGGCAAAGUCAUCGUGCAGUGGAACGGGGACCGCAGCAACAGGAGAGAGAAACUCAAGGCCACCUUGCUCGCUCAGGAGAUCCGUGACAGGGAGCGAGGCGGGCGGGCUCAGGUGGGCGUGGUGGAGGGCGGAGACGAGCGCGACUCGCCCGAGCUGAUGAAGAUGAUGACGGCGGUGCUCGGGCCGAGGAGCGGCUCGCUGAAGGCCGCCGUUCCUGACGACGAUGACGCCCAGCGAGCGCAGAACGCCGGCGUCCGGCUCUACCAUGUCUUCGACGCCAACGGCAACCUGGUGAUCCACGAGGUGGCCUCGCAGCCGCUAACGCAGGACCUGCUUCAGUCUUCUGACUGCUACAUCUUGGACCACCGAGGCUCCAGCGUGAUGGUGUGGAAAGGAAAGGACGCCUCCAAGGAGGAGCGGCGGGGGGCUCUCAACAGGGCAGUGGGUUACAUCAAGGCCAAGAACUACCCAGCGAGCACCAGCGUGGAGGUGAUGUCCGAGGGAGGAGAGUCGGCCAUGUUCAAGCACCUCUUCAAGUCCUGGAGGGACAAGUACCAAACGCAGGGUCUGGGCUCCACGCACGCUUUGGGGAAGAUAGCCAAGGUGGACCAGGUGAAGUUUGAUGUGAUGGAGCUUCACGCUCGUCCCGAGCUGGCGGCCCAGCAGCGAAUGGUGGAUGACGGCUCGGGGGACGUCAAGGUGUGGCGCAUCGAGAAUCUGGAGCUGGCGGACGUGAAGCCCAGCACGUACGGCCAGUUCUACGGCGGAGACUGCUACCUGGUCCUGUACACGUACCGCGUGUCCAGCAGGGAGCAGCACAUUCUUUACAUGUGGCAGGGGCGCCACGCCACCAAAGAUGAGGUGACCGCUUGCGCCUAUCAGGCCGUCAGCGUGGACAACAAGUACAAUGGCGCCCCCGUGCAGGUGCGCGUGGUCAUGGGGAAGGAGCCCCGCCACUUCCUGGCCAUCUUCAAAGGCAAACUCAUCAUCUUUGAGGGUGGCACCGGCAGACCCGGCGUGGCCAACCCAGUGGGUGGAGUCAGGCUGUUCCAGGUGAGGGGCACCAGCGAGGUGAACACGAAAGCCACGGAGGUGCAGGCCCGGGCGGCGUCCCUCAACACCAACGACGUCUUCCUGCUGAAGGCGGAGCACUCGUGCUACCUGUGGUACGGAAAGGGUUGCAACGGAGACGAGAGGGUGAUGGGGAGAGCCAUUUCUGACGUGCUGUCCAAGCAGGACAAGCAGGUGGUGAUGGAGGGGCAGGAGCCCGCGGACUUCUGGGUGGCCCUGGGAGGGAAGGCCCCCUACGCCAGCGACAGGAGCCUGCAGAGGGAGGAGCCUCUUCACAGUCCCCGCCUCUUUGAAUGCUCCAAUCAGACGGGACGCUUUCGGAUGACCGAGGUGGACGACUUCGCCCAAAGCGACCUGGACGAGGAGGACGUGAUGCUGCUGGACACCUGGGAGGAGAUUUUCCUGUGGGUGGGGAACUCCGCCAACCAGCACGAGACCAAGGAGGCGUGGAACAGCGCCCUGGAGUACCUCAGGACGCACCCGGCGGACCGCGACCCGGACACGCCCGUGGUCUUCAUCAAGCAGGGCUUUGAGCCGCCCACUUUCACCGGCUGGUUCAACGCCUGGGAUCCCCACAAGUGGAGUGGAGGAAACUCCUAUGAGCAGAUGAAGAAAAAGCUGAACGAUGAAGCUUCUCUCUCACAGAUCAGCCUAAGCCUCAAUGAGACUCAGUUGGAUUCGGGCCCUGUGGGCACAGGCGGGGGUGGUUACCGAGCCCCAGGAGGGCCCAUGAGCCCCCCGCCGUUCUACAGGAGCCAUUUUGGUGACACAUCUCCUCACGCCACCAGCCCGACGCUCCGGUCCCCCGUGUCCCCCUCCUUUAAAGCCAGGGGUCCUGGGAAGUGUGUGGACCCCGAGCUCCUCAUCAACAAGGAUCCUUCUGAGCUCCCGGAGGGCGUGGACCCCUGCCGUAAAGAGGACCACCUGACCGAUGCGGACUUCGAGAGGCUGCUGGGAACCAACCGCCUGGACUUUCAGCACCUGGCCGAGUGGCGGCAGAAGGAGCUGAAAAAGAAAGCGGGACUUUUCUGAGCGAGGACGUCACAAACGUGUCCGACCUGUCGGAUGAUGCUAACGCUAACGACAGCGACAGAUGAGCAGUGGUUUUUAUAGCCGCUGAUUCCAAUCAGCCUAAUUGCAGAUGCAGACUAAUUGUUCCUUUAAUACCUCAUUUAGAUGAAUAUUAUACAUCAUAACCACGAGAGACGUACUUGCUUUUAUUGGAACGCUGGUGUAAAACAAGGCAGCCAUGCAAUUGGAAUGAUGUUGUAUACGAAAAUAAAGAUGAUAAAUGAUGAUGUACUCAAUCAGAGGCUCGCUGGCACUUCAAUGAGUCCCGGGGACAUCAUUGGACUUUCAUACGGAGAUUAUCCACACGGGUUAUCAAAGCCUUAGUACGGCAGAAGAACACUUGUCAGUAUAAAUUAAUGAUCACUUCCUUCCUUUCCAGCCUGGACUUUCACGUGUUCAUCCUGGCUUUGCCAUCGAAAGCACUGAAGAUGUCCAAAGAUGGUGACUGCGGAGACCGGCGCGUGACAGGACGCCUACUCGCCAUCCAGGACCAUGAUGUGCACAAACAGGCCCGACGAGGCGAUGAUGUCUCCGUUCUUGUUCAGGAGCGGCACGUGGCGAUAUCCUGGAAAAGGUGUCACAAAAAAACAUGUCAUGGUUUUUGCAUGAAGUGCACAUAUAGCAAUGUCUGUGGGUCAUUAGGAUUGAUUAGUGGUGAGUAGCUGUGGAUCAAUAGGAUUGAUUAGUGGUGAGUAGCUGUGGGUCAAUAGGAUUGAUUAGUGGUGAGUAGCUGUGGAUCAAUAGGAUUGAUUAGUGGUGAGUAGCUGUGGGUCAAUAGGAUUGAUUAGUGGUGAGUAGCUGCACAUUUUCUACUCUUAAAAGUGUGAAACAUCUUGAAGGCAUCUUGUGCCCAGAGAACGAUGGCAAUUAAAUUCAACCUCAGGAAUUCUGCCUAGCAACAGUGCAAAUGUGACAUAACCGGAUAAACAAUCUUCCAAGCUCCGCUACGCUACUUUGCUGUGUGCUAACAGGCUACAUUUUCCAUUCUAAUGCUAGGUUUUGAGAGAAAUCCUAAUCUGUGAGGUCUGAAAUGAAACUAGUACUCAGUACUUUGGUCUUGAUACGAGUGCAGUAUAUUCGGUACCGUUCUGUACAGAAGUGAGCGGCAGGCAGUACUGUCCGAUGAGAUCAUUCUGCGACGUGGCGUCGUAAUCCUCCACCACAAAUCUCACCACGGCCAGCUCAGGAACGUGGAUGUCAAAGUGGAAGCGUUCGUUCCACAUGGGGUUGAACCCUGGAGGAGGGAUCGUCCGUCAAAACACACGCGCCAACACGUGUGUGUGUGUGUGUGUGUGUGUGUGUGUGUGUUGCUCACCGUUAUUGCCAAUGUAGUGCGUCUCCUUGCUGGCGUUGUCUGCCGGCACGCCGUAGAUCUCCAGUCUCACCAGAGGAUCCACGAUGGACUUCUGCUUCUCCACGUUGAGUUUGGGAAGCUGCUGAGCUGAGAUCACCUAAGAUGAAUCAAAAUAUCCAUAUUUUGAUACUUCAGUCAUUCGAGGUCCACUCGGUACUCGCCUCCACCCACGUUCUUUCCCACAGGCCACGUCACAGGCAGGUAUCACGG